GCCCAUGCUUAACUAAGGCCACAUCAGUUUCCUUAAUGCAACGUUAUCCCCAUGGCCAAACAAAUAUCCUUUUGCUUUACACCGCUUGCUUUCCCUAAAAAAGUUAAAAACUCUUAUCCCUACCAGAGACCACUUAAAACAUCUCUACCAAACAAACAUCCCUCUCCAACAUGGCAAAGCCUUCUUCUUCUUCGUCUAGCCAAACAAACCUCGCUUCAUGCGCCGUCGCCGCCAUCUUCAUCGUCUUCCUUAUCAUCGCCUCCGUUACCGUCUACCUCACGGUAUUCAGACCUAGAGAUCCGGAGAUAUCCGUCACACACGUCAAGGUCCCGUCCUUCUCCGUCGCCAACAGCUCCCUCAGCUUCACCUACUCGCAACUAUCCGUCGUUAGAAACCCUAACCGCGCCGCGUUCUCUCAUUACAACAACAGAAUCCAGCUCUUCUACUACGGUAACCGGAUCGGGUUCAUUUUUAUACCGGCUGGUGAGAUCGAACCGGGUCGAACGAAGCGAAUGGCAGCUAGUUUCUCCGUGGAGUCGUUUCCUCUAGCGGCUUCUGCUUCUCGAAUCUCCGCUGAUGAUUUUGGAACCGGGUUAGUGGAGGCGGAUAGUCGGGUCGGGUCUACUGUGGAGAUAGAGUCGAAGCUGGAGAUGGCGGGUCGGGUUCGAGUUCUUGGUCUGUUCACGCAUCAAAUCGUGGCAAAAUCAAGUUGCAGGAUCGCAAUUUCUACUAGUGAUGGAUCGAUCGUGGCCGUCCGUUGUUGAUACCAACCCUUUUGUAGCAAUGUAAAAGUGUUUAUUUAAAAACACAUGUAAAAAGACCCUUCUUGGGUUCUUGUCUGAAUCCUGAAGUUAGAAAGCUGCAAAUAUAAAUACAUAGAUUUUGUACUUCAAAGUUGUUCAAAAAAAAAAAAAAAAAAAGAUUU